GUCUGUGGAACUUGGCAAUUGAAUGUACAUGGCCUCAGGUUAAAAAUGGUGCCUUGAGAAGUGUGAUCCUCUUAGACCCUGAACUGGUUUGGGGAGUGGGGAAUGGUGGAGUAUGAAGUGAAAGGAGGAGUUUGGUUUGUAGAGUUUGAGAUGCCAGAGGGCCAUCCAAGUGGAAAGAUAAUCACCAGACAAUAGGAAAUGCAAAGUUGAAGCUUGAGCCAGGCUGGAGUCAUUGAUUCAGGAGCUGUCUAUGAGUUGAAGCUAUACAAGUGGAUUAAUAAAAGGAUAACCUCAAGAAGCAGAUGAUUUUUAGGGCUUCUUUUUUUGUUGAAUUUAAGAAAGAAUCAAGUUAUGUUAACAGGAAAAGGUGGUUCACAUCUGAAAUUUGGUAUUUAACUGCAUUUUAGACCCACUAAAAAAGCUAAAAAUAGUUGAUAAAAUUUGGAGAAGUUAUGCCUACGGUUAUUUGGGUCCUCGUCUAAACCGUGCUGCCUGGAUUCCUAUUCUUGGAUUCCAUAACAUAAUCCCAUCUUGUACUUUUUAGGUAUUGAUUUUCCCACAUAGGUACAUUUUUGCAAUUGUUUUCUUCUAAUGAGUUGUAAGACAGAUAAAAUGUGAAAAAUUGCAGCAUUAAACGUCACUUGGGAAGAGUUUGUUUCUUUUUAGCUUGAGGUUGGUAAAAUGGAUUUAUUUACUCCCCCGCCCACCCCCCGCUUCCAUUUGCACUGAAUACUAGAAGGUUUUUAGAGAGAGAGAAAGUUUCAGGUGGUUUCAUACACUCAGUUUACAAUCUGAGAACAUUUUUUUUUAAAAGCUUCCUUCCAAACCUGUAGCACAUUGCCCUUUUUGAGUCUACAAUUUGAAGUUAUUUUCCAAAAGAAGAGAACAUGGCAGUUAUAUUGCCCCCCUCGUCUCCCAUGCUAGCAAGUAGGAAGUUCGGACAGUUUCAUAACAUGGCCCAUUCACAAUUCCCCAUUGAAAUUUAGAGGCAGGUCACCUUCUAUGAAUACACAAAGACACUAUUGUGAUCAGAAGUGAGCUGGCUUAGUGAACACAAUUCUUUUUAUACUAAAAAAAUUUUUUUCUUAAGAAAGCUAACAAGUAGGUGAUGGAAACAAUGAAUAAAAAAUAACUUUUUCUAGAACAUAUAAAUAAUUUUAAGUGACCAUUGAAAUGUAAGUUUAGAAUUCCAAGGCAAUUUCUGCAGAGGCGAUAGUUACACAAUCAUUCUGUUGAAAGCUAAGAUUUAGAUGGCAUUAGGAGGCUGACACACAGUAAUUACUAGUAGUACUUGUUGGCUUGCAGACAGGUGGGGGUUGGGCCUCCAGAAUCCCCUGCAGCAUUUUCCUGUAAUCUGGAUGAGCGAUCUUCAAACGUGUGCUUUCAAACUACUUAAAUACCAUAUUCUUCCUAUCUUGCCUUUCAUUUUUAUAUUACCACAGAUACUUUCCUCAUAGUCUUGCCAGUGCUUGUAGAAUGCUUAGAAAAAGCUUGAUAAACCACUGGGCUAAGUACACAGAGGGAGAGGCUAGCAGUAUUUUUAAAUUGGUUUCUAAAUUUUUUAUAGCUUGAUGGUAGAUAACACAUUUGCUUCAUUUAAGUAAACUGAAAAACCAAUCCUCGACCUCUCAAUAAUUUAGAAUUCCUAAGUGACAGAAUGUUUUCUUUAUCAUAUAUUUGAGAGAUUGAUUUAAAGAAAAAUAAUGCUUGACUAUCUGAAAUAAUAUUUUAACCCUAUCAUAAAAUCUCUGCCUGGUAGAACAGCUGACUGUGGAAGGGUAAAAUGCAGAGAACCAGUCAUUGGAUCUCGCUUCUCUACUUUGUUACUGAAAUCUUGGACCUGUAGAACAUUACUAUCACUGUGUUCCUUUCUAAUGGGAAAAUAAUAAUAAACACUUGCAGAGUAUUUUUUAAAGGUUUUUAGCUUUAAAAAAAAAAAACCCUGUGCCUUACACAAUGUGUAUAUUGAGUUGAUACUGAUUAUGAUAAUUAGAGGGUAUUAUACAAUCAUUCAUUCAACAAACAUUCACUUACUGAGCACCUACUAAUGUUCCAGGUACUGAUUGUUAAAAGGUGAUUGAGACACAGCCUCUGUCCUGAGCUUACAGUCUAGUAGGAGGUGACAGAUUUGUAAAUAAUAGAUUUGAAGUUGCUGAGCAAAAAAAAAAAAAAAAACAAAAAAAACAAAAAAAGCUGUGUACCUCUCCCCCACAGCAAAUGUGUCACGGUCAUCUUCAGUCCUUUGCACAGUGCCCAGCACUCAGCUGUGCAGAUAUUAUUUGCACUGAUCCCUUACUAAUAUUUAGUGAGAGAAUGAGAUCGUGUUAAACAGUGUGUAUGUACAUGCCCCCAAAAAGGGUCAGUGUUAUGCAGAUAGUUGACAAAUAAUAUCCUGGUGCCUAAGGAAAAAAACCUAAACUUAUCAUAAGUAAACUUCGCUAUCUGAAGACAGCAGAGAUUGAUGCUAACACAUAACGAAUAAUAAAAAAGGAAAGUGAAAAGGGGGCUAUAGGGACUCCAGACCUGUAACAUCUGACAGGAGGGAUUGGCGGUCCUAAAGUUGAGGAACUACUAAUUUAAGAAAAAUGUACUUAGCCUUUGUUAUCCAUGCCUUGCAGCUAAGCAAGAUACGAGUUACUGGGUAUUUCACCAAGGAGAAUGUAAAGAAUGUACCUUUAACUUGUCUUUAAAAGGGAGGGAGGAAGCUGUCCCAGGCUUUUACUGAAGCUAGUAAUCUUGCAGAACUUGAUUUUUACAGGAUAAUGGAAAUUAGUAUCUUCAUAUAUUACUGUUUGUUCCUUGAACAAGUAGUAACUGGAGAAUUUGUCUUCCCAUGGCCAACCCUGAAAUACAAAAUCCAGAUAAAUGCUAGACCCUUGGGUAGUCAGGUGCCAAUACUGUAGAAACUCUUGCUUAGUUUCAGCAUUGGGUUUUAGUGAGUAUUAGUUCUGUAGCAUAAAAUACAGUGGCUUCUGAAAUUGCUUUUUUAGCUUGGGAAAAAUAAGCGGGAUCCACUGGUGCUUCAUGCCCAGUGCAGCCGUAACUUAGAAGGCUGGUUUAAUAGGUCAGGGGAGGGUCUGUGUGCAUUGCCAAGUGAGUGUGAUUUGUUGUGCAACUCUCAGGCUCUGCAGUAGGAGGUCUGCUUUUGCUGGCAAUAGAUUAUUUCUCAUUUCACUAAAACAUUUCAUGUCUUUUGGAUUAGCAUUUACACAAAAAAAUCAUUUUUAGCGUUUACAUAUAAGCACCCUCAUGAGAUGUAAGAAUUAAGUAAGAAUUAAGUGAAAGUCCACAACUGACAUUUUCUAUUCGGCAUCCCCCCAAAUUCUCUCAUAUUAGCUUUGCUGUAAUUUAGACUGUCCUAAUGGAGGUAUUUCUAAAUUGUUUUCUUUAUUCUCUCAUCUCUUCUACCCCCCUAGGGAAUGAAAGCUACUGGUUGAUUUUAAAAUGCCUGGGCCUCACAGGUUUGGAGAUGUCCCAAAAUAAGGCACAAUGUCAAUAGCAGGAGUUGCUGCUCAGGAGAUCAGAGUCCCAUUAAAAACUGGAUUUCUACAUAAUGGCCGAGCCAUGGGGAAUAUGAGGAAGACCUGCUGGAGCAGUCGCAGUGAGUUUAAAAACAACUUUUUAAAUAUUGACUCGAUAACCAUGGCCUACAGUCUGAACUCUUCUGCUCAGGAGCGCCUAAUACCACUUGGGCACGCUUCCAAAUCUGCUCCGAUGAAUGGCCACUGCUUUGCAGAAAAUGGUCCAUCUCAAAAGUCCAGCUUGCCCCCUCUUCUUAUUCCCCCAAGUGAAAACUUGGGACCACAUGAAGAGGAUCAAGUUGUAUGUGGUUUUAAGAAACUCACAGUGAACGGGGUUUGUGCUUCCACCCCUCCACUGACACCCAUAAAAAACUCCCCUUCCCUUUUCCCCUGUGCCCCUCUUUGUGAACGCGGUUCUAGGCCUCUUCCACCGUUGCCAAUCUCUGAAGCCCUGUCUCUGGAUGACACAGAUUGCGAGGUGGAAUUCCUAACUAGCUCAGAUACGGACUUCCUUUUAGAAGACACUACACUUUCUGAUUUCAAAUACGAUGUUCCUGGUAGGCGAAGCUUCCGUGGGUGUGGACAAAUCAACUAUGCAUAUUUUGAUACCCCAGCUGUUUCUGCAGCAGAUCUCAGCUAUGUGUCUGACCAAAAUGGAGGUGUCCCAGAUCCAAAUCCUCCUCCACCUCAGACCCACCGAAGAUUAAGAAGGUCUCAUUCGGGACCAGCUGGCUCCUUUAACAAGCCAGCCAUAAGGAUAUCCAACUGUUGUAUACACAGAGCUUCUCCUAACUCUGAUGAAGACAAACCUGAGGUUCCCCCCAGAGUUCCCAUACCUCCUAGACCAGUAAAGCCAGAUUAUAGAAGAUGGUCAGCAGAAGUUACUUCGAGCACCUAUAGUGAUGAAGACAGGCCUCCCAAAGUACCGCCAAGAGAACCUUUGUCACCGAGUAACUCGCGCACACCAAGUCCCAAAAGCCUUCCGUCUUACCUCAAUGGGGUCAUGCCCCCGACACAGAGCUUUGCCCCUGAUCCCAAGUAUGUCAGCAGCAAAGCACUGCAAAGACAGAACAGCGAAGGAUCUGCCAAUAAGGUUCCUUGCAUUCUGCCCAUUAUUGAAAAUGGGAAGAAGGUUAGUUCAACACAUUAUUACCUACUACCUGAACGACCACCAUACCUGGACAAAUAUGAAAAAUUUUUUAGGGAAGCAGAAGAAACAAAUGCAAGCGCCCAAAUCCAGCCAUUACCUGCUGACUGCAGUAUAUCUUCAGCCACAGAAAAGCCAGACUCAAAAACAAAAAUGGAUCUGGGUGGCCACGUGAAGCGUAAACAUUUAUCCUAUGUGGUUUCUCCUUAGACCUUGGGGUCAUGGUUCAGCAGAGGUUACAAACGUAGGAGCAAAUGGUUCUCAAUUUUCCAGUUUGAUUGAAGUGCACAGAAAAAUUUCUUAGAUUGCAGAAUAAAAUAGCUGAACUCUCUGUCUUCAUGCGAAGGUUUAGAGCAGUUGUGAGAUGCUGUUAUGCUGAGAAACCCUGAUUUUGUUAGUGUUGGAAAAAAGUCUUUCAGUCUAUAAUUUAAAGAUGUGAUGGUGGGGAGGGGAGGAUGGGGAAGCUUUUUAUAUACGCAUACAUUACAUACCUAUAUAUAAACUUGUGGUAUAACCAUAGACCAUAGCUGCAGGUUAACCAAUUAGUUACUAUCUUAGAGUAAUAUAUAUUCAGAAUAAUAAACUCAAGCUGGAGAAAAAUGAGUCCUGAUAGACUGAAAAUUGAGCAAAUGGAAGAAGAUACAGUAUUGUUUAGAUCAGAAUCAUUAAAAAAUAUUUUUGUUUAGUAAGUUUGAAGAUUUUUGGCUUUUAGGCCUUUUCUAUUUUGUUUCAUUUAUUUUUGCGGGUAGUCUUUUCCAUGGGGGGCAGGGUAUCCAUUCUUUACCAUGGGUGUACCUACUUAGGUUAAAAAUCAUCCCAAGGCCUCAUACUUCCAGGUUUCAUGUUGCGUCUUGUUGAGGGAGGGAGAGCAGCUUACUUGGCAACCAUAUUGUCACCUGUACUUGUCACACAUCUUGAAAAAUAAAACGAUAAUAGAACUAGUGACUAAUUUUCCCUUACAGUUCCUGCUUGGUCCUACCCAUUGAAGUAGCUCAUCGUAGUGCGGGCCGUAUUAGAGGCAGUGGGGUACGUUAGACUCAGAUGGAAAAGUAUACUAGGUGCCAGUGUUAGGAUGUCAGUUUUACAAAAUAAUGAAGCAAUUAGCUAUGUGAUUGAGAGUUAUUGUUUGGGGAUGUGUGUUGUGGUUUUGCUAUUUUUUUUUUUUAGACUGUAUUAAUAAACAAAUACAACACAAGCUGGCCUUGUGUUGCUGGUUCCUAUUCAGUAUUUCCUGGGGAUUGUUUGCUUUUUAAGUAAAACACUUCUGACCCAUAGCUCAGUAUGUCUGAAUUCCAGAGGUCACAUCAGCAUCUUUCUGCUUUGAAAACUCUCACAGCUGGCUGCUUCACUUAGAUGCAGUGAGACACAUAGUUUGUGUUCCGAUUUUCACAUCCUUCCAUGUAUUUAUCUUGAAGAGAUAAGCACAGAAGAGAAGGUGCUCACUAACAGAGGUACAUUACUGCAAUGUUCUCUUAACAGUUAAACAAGCUGUUUACAGUUUAAACUGCUGAAUAUUAUUUGAGCUAUUUAAAGCUUAUUAUAUUUUAGUAUGAACUAAAUGAAGGUUAAAACAUGCUUAAGAAAAAUGCACUGAUUUCUGCAUUAUGUGUACAGUAUUGGACAAAGGAUUUUAUUCAUUUUGUUGCAUUAUUUUGAAUAUUGUCUUUUCAUUUUAAUAAAGUUAUAAUACUUAUUUAUGAUA